GGAGAGGAGGCAUAGUACAUGCAGCUCAAAAAUGAUACUAUAAAUAUAUGUCAAGAUAUCAGUGCUGUCGGAAUCAGAUAAGUAAGUACUCGAGUUGUAAAAGUCCACCUCCAGCCGUAAAAAACCAUGCCUCCCUCGUCUGCACGCGAAUCGACGCAGCGACCCUCCGUCGCGGUAAAAAACCGCGGGCGGGAGACGACGCAGUUUUCUGUGGUUUCGCCUGGUGGGCCACCUGAACAGGAUGAUGAAAUCGAAGUUGUCGUGGCAGCACCUCCACCACCUGCAGCCGCUGGUCUUCCCGCAAAUAAGAAAUCACAGAAGAAAAGUACGAAAAAGUCUAGUACCGCGGCAGUUCCAACUCCUAGUCCUACAAGAGGUGAAGAGCAGAGUGGUCAACAAAACCAAAAGAAGUCUUCAAUUGCGGGAGCUGGUCCACCCUCUCGAACCUCCACAGCACGGUCGACGUUCGCCACCGGGGCCAAGGUCGCGGUUUUGCAGCGCGUUGGAAAAAAUACCCGGACGGAGUCCGUGUCGAGUUCCAGCUCGGCUGCAACGGAUAAGCAAAAGCAAUCUCAAUCUGGUAAAAGUAGAAACAGCGAGGGAAGGAAUAGUGGAAGAAAAUCCACGUCCGCCAUGGACGAGCAGCUGGACGCGAAAGAAAAAAAAGACGAGGAAGGCGACCGACGGAACGAAAAGUCGAGGUCGACCGCCGUGGAGGACGAAACGGGAAGCAAGGUACAAGAAGUCGUAACGGCUGAAGCCGGGGCUACUUGCGGUGCCGCAAGAGACGAUCAAGGAGAAAUUGCGCUCGAAACAACUAAAGCUACUUUGAACAGCGCGAAAAGUACAAGCGGCGGAACUACUUCACGGUCCACCCCCACGCGCUCGGCGCAGCUUUCAAAUGUGCGCGCCGCGCGAGGUGGUGCAGGUUCCGGGGUCGAUGGUUCACUUGCGGCAGGCCCAGCGCUGUACGGACGGGAAACAACGCAGCCGAGUCACAUCGCUGACGCGCGGAACACGUCUCUAGUCGUGCCUAGUACGACUGCAGGCUCCGUUCCGGCUGGUGAGGAGCAGGUCUCAACAGUGCGGGUGGCGGGCCCUGCUACAGCAGGUUCCUGAACAGAUUUUGCUUCAACUGUAUACUGACUACAAUGAGCAAUUAUGGCGAUGUAGCGAUUUAUUUGUGAGUCAUGACGUACGGAACUGUGAUGCUCUUGCUCAUGACAGUAGCAGCCGGAGCCAAAAGUAGAUCAAACUCUUCCCAGGUGAUGUAGUUGUCGGCGACGAGGCAGCUCCCCGUAGUUCAUCUUCCAGAAUGUCAAGUGGAUCCUCUGCACUAACACCCGCGAAAACAAGGAAGUCCUCGAAGAAAAACUCCACCACUACCGCGACAACUACUACACCCUCGUCCACCCACCAGCAGCUCCCCCUCACUUCGAUCCCCGAGGGACUUCCGCUGGUGGACGCCGCGGCCAUCGACAAGCGCAAGUCCCAAACGGUUUGCAUGUCCAUGGUGCAAAAGCACAUCCGCCUGUUCAACAAGAAGAUUACGGCGAAGCAGAAGGACAAAAACCGCGUUUCCUCCGAUCCGCCACCGAAAAAAGCCGCGUCGGACAUCCUGCGUGCGGCGACCACGGACGACUUAGGGGCGAUCGACCAAUAUGAGGAGGACGAGGAGGCGGAAUUAUCGUCGCAGGAACUGGCCCCUGGUCACAAGAAGCGCGCAGGCCUGGCACGCGCUUUCACUGCACCUACUGAAGCAUUGAGUGACUUCGGCGAGGAGGAGACCAGCGGUAGCGAGACGAAAAAGGGACAGCAUAGUCGUGGAAUGAAUAAAGCCGCUUUCGACACGCGAAAAAGCAAGCGGGCGAAACUGGACCUCUUAACGGUUGUGGAGGAAGAAGAGGAGGAUAUUUCCCCCUGUGCAGGAGACGAGCUUCAGCAUCCGUUGUCGUCGGCUACAGACGAAUCUUCUAGUCGUACAGCCAAACCAGGCUCAGGAGAGGGCGGUGCAGGAGGAGCUACGGGACUACAAAACGCGGGUGAGUCUUCUGUUGGCGACGGGGAAGAUCUUGCGAAGAAGAAAGGAGAGCAUGAUCAUAGCCCAGAAAAAAAGUCAAUUCCGCCUGCCAUGGUCCGUGUGUCGAAGGCCGUUGAGCUAUGCAUUGCAAAAGUAUCGUACUAGUGUGAAAAAUUGCAUGGCACAUUCUCUCAAGUACAAAAAUGCAACUUGUCAUGCUACUUCGGGUAGAAAGUCUGGUUUGCAAUGCAGGACUGCCAUUACUACGAGUGCGAUACUUUUCCAGUGCAUAUGAGCCCGACUACGUCGAUGUUUCUUCCGCCAGUCCAGCACAGGAGGAGGCGAAGCAAGCAAAAUCCUCCCAGACACCGAAAAACCCGCGACUCUUUGCAAGUGGUGUUAAAGCCGCUAUGCCCGCCAUUCCCGAGGGACAUUUGUCGACAGGAGCAGCUUCAAAAGAACUACCGGAAGUAGAAAGUGCAAGCCACAGUGCCAAGAAGUUGGCAGGAACUUCUACGGGCAGCUUUAAUCCCGUAGCGCGGAUUUCAUCUCACACAAGCAGUGCAGUACCGAGGAAAAGCGUGAAGACGCCGGAACCUCCAAUGCCCGCCUCGCGGUUGAGCGCUCGAGUGGAUUUGAGUACUCUGAAGGAAGACGAGAGCAUCGAGGCUGGUGGUGAUGCCCCAGUCCACCUCGCUGCGGAGUUAGGAGGGGAUGGAGCAGCAACAUGUGCAACUGAGAGCAUCCAGUCUGAAAAGGAGAACGCCGUGCCGGCUCAACCCGGCGGUCGACAAAGUGCGCGGAUCUCCGUGAAAGAAAGUAGCGCCGCGAAGGGAAGUGCAGGGCGGAACUCCGCUCGACUGAGCAGCACAGGCCGGCGCUCGGUGAAGUCGACUAGUGAGACGCCGUUGCAGGAACAGGUGAAGCGCGUAAGUGCCAGAAAUUCGGCGAAUUCGUUACUCGCGAAUUCUGUCUCGAAGUUGGACUUUGAGAAGGUCAACAGCGAUGAAAAGAAAGAUGAGCACAAGUACGGCGUUGAAGUGGAACAAAAGAAGGGAGUAAAGACCAGCGUCACAGUUGAUACCACGGUGGAAAACGCGAAAUCACCAGCCGGCUCAGAAAGCGGUUUGAAUGAUCGGUGCAACACGUCGAAGACGACCUCCACCAAGCUAGUGUCUGCAGCACAAGGACAACAAGGGCAGAACGUGAAAAAUAGCGUCAACCUCCUAGGAAAAAACAAAGCCUCUGUCAGCUCCACUGCUGCCGUUGUAUCCGCGCCAAGUAAACCCCAGCCUUCGCCGUUUGCGGAUUUGGUUCGGGAUUUGUGCAACAGCACGCUCUUCCGAACCAUGGAUCGGGACAAAGAUGGCACUUAAAUCUUCUCAAUAGUUUGAGUUUCAACUUUCACCAGUUAGGUUGAUGAGGCCGUCUCUCCAUGGAUUGAUGAAUAAUUUUACGAUACAUGUGGUCUAAGAUCUGAAUCUGAUCAAAGAAAUCCCUUCAACACAGACGCGAUCACGGGUUCCGACGUGCAUGAGUGGAUGAUUGAGCCGCUCGCCCUGGCAGGCUACUCCGUCGAGGACGCCCAGGCGCUGGUAGCGGAUCUCUCCGGCGCCGACUCGUUUGUUUCCCCGGGGGAAUUAGGGAAAUUUGUGGACGUAUCAACUGUAAAAAUGUCUGGGUCUGGAAGAAUUCAUGUUUGUCAUGCUUGUCUGGCAUGACUCUUAAAUCUGUCAUGCGCGUUACCCAAGAGCUCCGUUUUUCUGUGAUGCAGAGGCGCAGUUUGUCAUGCAGAAUAGGCAACACCUAAGAGCUCAGAAACUUGUCAUGCUGAGCCAGCAUCUGUAGCCUCAUCAUGAACAAACGCCACCCAGCAUCACGAGUUUCCAGACCCAGACAUUUUUACAGUUGAUAGGACGAGAUUUUUGAUCCCGUGGUCAACCACGCCGCGCCGCGGGACCUAGCGAGCGCGGCGAGUACGAUCCUAGGAGGAGCUCCUGGGACGAAAGCCGCAACUACUGUAAAAUCAAACAACACUGCUGCGGCGACACCUACUUCCAGCGUAGUUCGUACAACCGGAGACUCCUACAGCGAUAUCGACCCAGAAACGCUUUCGAAGGCGUUGCAGCGGCUGUAUUUUCGUACGACAGAAGCGGAGGCGGCGGAUUGGAUUGCAUUGUCGAAAUGCAACGAAGAGAAAGACUUUCCGGGUCAGUUUCGAGCGUUGUUAAAUGUUUACUGAGUUUAUUGAUUUGCGAAUGACGAAGAUGUAGAUGUUUGUGAGUGAGUAUUUGCUUUUGUAUUGUGAAAACUACAAAUUGAAACUGUAUGAGGACGAGUGGCGCGAACAAAAGAAACGCGAACGUCUUUUAUAUACAGACAUGUUAAUGCGACGCAACAAGAGAAAGACACGAAAAAUCAUCACUCUCCUUAGUGGUUAGGAACUGAAGCGUGAAAAUUUUGACUUUCUGUAUGAAGAGGUGUAAAUAAGAAAAGGAACAACAACAAGGUGAAUUGAGUAGACAUUUUUUUUUGCAGAUGAGUGUUCUA